UCAAUGUGAGCGUUUUUAUCAUUUCUCCUCUCCUAAAGCCCAAUUACUUGACUCACCAAUUCGUCAAUGCUUUACUUAUCAAUCAUUCAGGAUUAAAAGAGGAUAAAUGGAGGGUGAAUUCUGCAACAAAUCUUGUGUUAGGGAUCCACUUAUGGAGUUUGAGGCCAACAAUAAUAAAUCAUCACUUCAAGAAUCCAACACAUCUUCCUUCAAAACUCUCUUCAAUGGCGCCAACACUAUCUUAGGAAAUGGAGUUUUGAUAGUCCCUUAUGCAUUAGCUUCCGGAGGUUGGUUGAGCUUAGUGUUGCUUAUCACUAUAUCUGCGGCAUCUACCUACACAAGCCUCCUAGUAAAACGAUGCAUGGAGGCGGAUUCGAGAAUCAAGAGUUACACCCACAUAGGUGAUCAUGCCUUUGGCAAUAUUGGAAGAGUUAUUGUAUCCAUUGUUCUAUAUGCAGACCUUUAUAUGGUCACUACAGGUUUCCUAAUCUUAGAAGGUGAUAAUCUGCACAACUUAUUCCCGAAUAUAUCACUCAAAGCACUAGGAAUCGCCAUCGAUGGAAAAUCGAGCUUUGUUAUAAUCGUGGCUCUUGUUCUUCUCCCCAUUGUUUUGUUGGAUAGCUUAAGCAUUUUGGCUUACAUCUCUGCUACUGGUGUUUUCGCAUCACUUUUGAUACUUAUAUCCGUUCUAUGGGUUGGACUAUUUGAUGGCAUUGGAUUCGGCCACUAUGUAGAAGAAGCCAGCCUCCUUAAUUGGAAAGGGAUACCAACUGCGAUAAGCUUAUAUAUGUUAUGCUAUAGUGCUCAUCCUGUUUUACCUGCACUGUACAUCUCUAUGCAAAAGAAACAUGAUUUCUCCAAGGUCUUACUUAUGUGCUUUGCCUUUGCGACCUUUGUUUAUGUUUCUAUGGCGGUUUUGGGUUACUUGAUGUUCGGUUCUACAGUCGAAUCACAAAUAACUCUGAACCUUCCAACGAACAAAUUGAGCUCGCAAAUCGCAAUCUACACCACUUUGAUCACACCCUUAGCAAAAUAUGCACUUAUAUUGAAGCCUGUUGUCAUUGCAACAGAAGGUUGGUUUUCAACUGAGUACAAGAAGAGUAAAGGUUUCAAGCUUACUAUUAGAACAAUCUUGGUUGCUACACAAGUUUUGAUAGCGUUGUCUCUUCCUUUCUUCGGAUAUCUUAUGUCACUCACUGGUGCAUUGCUUUGUGCCACGGCUUCACUUACAAUUCCAUGCUUGUGUUAUUUGAAGAUUUCAAGCACCAAUUCUAGCCUAGGACUAGUUGAAAGGAUUUUCAUAUGGGCUAUUGUAUGCUUAAGUAUGGUGAUAUUGAUAUCCGGCACAUACACCUCACUGCUAGAUAUUUUGGUGGAAAUCACACAUUAAUUAUUAAUCACAAUAUAAUGCCUUGCAGUUAUUAUUUAUCUUUAAUUACUUUGAAAUCCAUUUAUGCAAAAGUUAUUAAUAGUGUUAUAUUUUGAUAUCCA